AUGGCCGACGUUUAUCUCGAUAUCCAGAAAAGCUGGGGGCGACGUACCAAAGCUUCCUGGUUGUCGUCACUAGGCGCCGGCCUCAUUGUCACUCUUUGCCCUUGCUGGCUCAUCACCAAUUGGAUAGCUCUUGAGUACUAUGGCGGAUCACUACGCCUCACUGCUCAGGCAGCACUAAAACAAGGCAUCGUCGAGUUUGCAGCUCAACAUGCCCCUCAACCAACUUUCCGAGCUUCCAUCGGGUAUCUGACAUGGGUCACGGUCCAGGCUUUGUUAUACAACUAUCUACCCGGACCAUUGUCCUAUGGCCAGAUGACGCCAGCGGGUAAUCUGCUCAAAUAUACCACGAACGGCUUAUUGGCAUGGACUGUCACACACGCUUUGUACGGUGCCACCUCCCUUGUCGGCAUACUCGACCCGGCGAUCAUUGCGCGGAACUGGGAAGCUCUACUCGUCACUGUCAAUGUUUAUGGCAUCAUCUUGGCACUGUUUGCACAGAUCAAGGCGUAUGUCGCGCCUUCACAUCCUCUGGACCGCAAGUUUACCGGAUCAAUGAUCUUCGACUACUUCUGCGGCAUUGAGCUAAACCCUCGCAUUGGAGAUCGGUGGGACUUCAAGUUGUUCUACAAUGGUCGACCGGGUAUCAUCGCGUGGACUCUGAUUGAUCUGUCAUGGAUGGCCUACCAGUAUCAGACGUUCGGAUUUGUGACGAAGUCUAUGCUGCUCGUGACCUUCUUCCAUUUCCUCUACGUACUCGACUUCUUCUACAACGAGGACUGGUACCUACGUACGAUCGACAUCACGCACGAUCAUUUCGGUUUCAACCUCGCCUGGGGCGAUACAGCAUUCCUCCCAAAUCUUUACACCUUACAAGUCCAAUACCUUGGCCGCUAUCCCGUUCAUCUCACCACACCGUCCGCCUUCCUCAUCCUCGCUAUCGGCCUCUCUGGCUACACGCUGUUCCGCAGCUGCAACCACCAGAAGGACCUCGUUCGCAGCACGAAUGGCACCGCCACGAUCUGGGGCAAGCCCGCCGAGUAUAUUCGCUGCACCUACAGCACGACCGACGGCAAGACACAUCAAUCACUCCUUAUCACAUCUGGAUGGUGGGGAUUCAGCCGACAUGCGAACUAUCUGGCGGACCUAAUGCUUAGCGGAGCCAUGUGUGCGACUUGUGGGUUUACUCACUUUCUGCCCUGGAGUUACUUCUUUUUCAUGGGAACCCUGCUUUUGCAUCGACUGCGUCGGGACGAGAAAAGGUGUGCAAUGAAGUACGGCAAGUUCUGGAGCUUGUACACGCAGAAAGUUCAGUACAAGCUAUUGCCUGGGGUCUGGUGA